AUGUACAAGUCGGAAACAUCUUCGACUGAAUCUGUCACAAAUGGUUCUUCCUCGCAACAUCCUGAAAUAGAAAGAACUUAUACGUCAAGCGACACAUCAACGAAGGUGGUAAAGAAGAAGAAGACUAGCACAAAAGCAUUACUGAAGCGUCUACUAGGCGUUGUGGCUGACUUAUCUUCUAAAGUAGAUUGUGUAUUACAGAAAAAAGAUGAGUUAAACACACGGUUUAUAGAGGAGGAGGAGGAGGAGAUGAUAAAUGAAGAGGAGGAAGAAGCAUGUUACCAUGGUACACAGUUCGAAUAUGGUGGUUUCGAGGGGGAAGUUGGGCGUACACCUACGCAUGGUGAGCCGUCACCGGACGUGGGUGAACAUCACAAAAAAACAGUGACUCCUAUUGGUAGGCCGCAACGAAAGAGGGUUGUUGCAUGGUAUCAGCGGACUCCGUUCACAAUGAUGUAA